UAACGCUAUGGAGGUUUACUAGGACACGCUGUGGAACAACCGAAAUGUGCAGUUCAGUACCAAUGCAAGCUACCCUGCUGCCGUUUACACAUCGGACAUUUAGAAAACAGUAAACAAUUCUAUUCUACCUAGUUUACAGCCUAAAAUAACUUACAUUUUAACCCCAAGACACAAACUUGUUUGACACUUCAAAAUAACUGUGACGAUCGGCCAUUUUGCUGCAAAACGAAAGUAGAAAACCUAUGCCGUACUGUUUCCGCGCUACUGGUUCCCGAUGAUGACGUUUACUAUGCAGAUGAAAACGGCUUCUUGAUCGAGUUCUGGAGGCCGAUGGAAGAGAAGAUAUGACUAUCUUAUAUGAAUCGUACCGACUGGAAAGUAUAGACAGUGGUUAUGAAAUUGAAAUGGAUAGGAGGUCCUUUGUCGAUGUUUUCCUAAAAUUAUUUCCAAAUGCUAUAAGAAAGAAGGUUCGACAAGGACAGUUUGUAAAAAAUGUGUAUGAAGGCAUCAAGCUUAAACCACUAGAACCUGUGCUUACUUCUACUGCUACGCACUCUUUCGAACAGUUAAUAAGUAUAUUACCGUGUGAUUUUGUAGUGAAAGAAUAUAGUGAAGAGCGUGUUCUAUGCAACCUGGAUACGUUCUUUAAAUCAAAUGGCAAUACUGUACAGAAGAAUGUCACUUUUCAUAAAGAUUUGAUAUUUUCUGUUAUUGUUGGACAACAAGCAGUUGAUCUUAAGCAGUUAGGUAUUUCCAACAGAUUUCUGCUCAACCAAAAUAGUAUAGACCUUGUGUGUCAAACUGUACGAAAAAUUGAACUAUGUCACGGGAUUGAAAUGAAAAAGACCGUCAAGUGUACUCGUUUUCAUACGCUGGAUGCUUGGAGAAACGAAAACAGUAAUGAAACAACCAAGCGUAUCAGAUCGGUUCUGUGUUUAAGGGUUGCUAAGUUUACAUCCAAGACGAACGUUUGUAGGAUAUGUCAGCAUAUGACCAUGGAAGUAAAGACACCCGGAAAAGAAAAUCUGCAGAUAAACGAUCCUUCAGGCAAAAACAUUACAAAAGAGCAAGUGAAAAAAUUAAUACCUGGGGCUCCAGAAGAAAUGGUGGAUUUUUUAGUCAGCCAGGCAAAGAAUAUAUGUACAACCCCGAAGGGCAGGCGAUGGAGCCAACCUAUAAUGUCUAAAUGCCUCCAGUUAUAUGCCAAGAGCCCUCAUUUUUAUAAGCAGUUAAGAGACUCUAAGCUGGUAGUUCUCCCUUCUCCUGCUGUGAUCGUUUUGUACAAGAACCGGGUAAAACAUGCAGUUGGAUUUCAAGACGAUAUUUUCAGAUGGAUGCACUGUGAAGCUAGACGUCUUGAAAUACCAGAAGAAAGCUGGGAUGGUGGAAUUCUUGUGGAUGAAAUGGCAAUACAAGAAGAUAUCCAAAUUAAUAAACAUGGUGAUAUUAUUGAACUCACAGGAUUUGAAAACGUUGGACAGGAAGCAAUGACAUGUGGCAUUCUAAGAAAGGGAAAAAAGGAAAUUACACUUGGAAACCACGUGCUACAAUUCAUAUUUCUAGGCAAUAGCGGAUUUCGUUUUCCGUUCGCUCAUUUUAUUUCUACAAAUAUCCAAGCGUAUGAAUUAGACACCCUUUUUUGGGAAGCCGUUUAUCUUUUAAAAAUGUAUGGCUUUAAUGUUUCAUAUGUAUGCAUGGACGGUGCACAAAGUAAUCGUACGUUCAUGCAUAUUAACAUUGGGAAAAAUGCCACAUCUUUGAUUGCACAAAAUCCUUGCGAACCCGAAAAUCCAGUGAUAUUUUUAAUGGACUCGUCUCAUGUUUUUAAGAAAAUUAGAAACAAUGUGAUAAAGAGUGGAAUUCAAAAAGGUUGUACGCGACAUCUUCAACUUCCCAAUGGUGAUAUCAUUAAUUGGGAAAUGUGGGCAGAUGCAUACACCUGGGAUAAAUCUAACGCUCUCCAAUUACACAGGAAAUUGACAAACGAACACAUCUACCCAUCACCACAAUCGAAAAUGCGCAACCAUCUCGCUGAACAGGCAUUAAAUACUGAAAUGCUACAUCUUAUGCUACAAUAUCAGUUGUCUUUAGGUAAUAAAGGUAGUAUCUUAAAUGGCGCAAUUGAAUUUCUGAAGAAAACUUCAAGACUGAUUGAAUUAUUUCAUGACACAAGACCGAUACGACUGGUAACUGAUGAACGUUUACAGGAGCUGAAAUGCAUCAGUGACUGGUUUGAAAACUGGACUGACUGUAUAAGAAGUGGUCCCGGAUCUUCUGCCGAGAAAGCACAUAAACUUAUAUCGCAGCAAUGCUUAGAAGAUAUUCGGUCGUGUAUAAUAGGGUUUUGCGAAUUGUGUUACAAGGUUUUGACUGGAAAAACCACGUACAUUAUUCCAGCUCUAAUUAAUUCAGACGCAGUCGAGAAUCAUUUCUGUCAAGAACGUAGUACCUACAAUGGGGCAAACACAAAUCCCAAUGCACUUCAGUACCGGAACAAUUUAAAUUCUAUAAUUCUCGGCCAAAAUAUUGUUUCUCACAAGUGCAACACUGGAAAAUCACUCAAGUCACCAGCAUUGGCAUAUAGUCAAAGCAACAAAAAAACAGUUAAAAGAAAGAAAAGUGAUUCCGCUGAUAGCAAUCCCCCAACAUCAAUAAAAGUCUUAAGAAUGUAACGUAUUAUGAAUAUAAUGCAAAAAUGUAAGAACAAUUUGUGGUUGUACAUGCGAAUGAUAAUUAUAUUGUACCUUUUGUGAUGUCUACAACAGUUUAGGUUAUUGUCCAGGUCCUGUGAUUUCUGUGUAAUAAAUGCAUGUAUUUCAUCAGGAUGUGACAAGCAUACGCAUGGGUGAAAGUUGACAAUUCGUAAUCCGUCCGGUUUUCUUACUCUUCCCAUGGCGACACCAAGUUGACCAGGUUUAAAAAUCUGUUGACAGUCGACCGUCACCCUGGAUACAUGUAACACAUGAUUAUAUGAUUAGUUGUUUAUUUAUUAUAUUAAUUAGAUCUUUUAUAGCUAGACGAUUUGGUAAAUAAAAUGAUGAUAUAGAUUACAGACAUUCUAAUAAAACAGCAAAUAGACAAUGA